AUGUCCCUCUCCUGGAUUCCCUUACUUGGGGAGUUGCCUACCAAAAGUCGAGCACUGGAGAUGUCAAGCGCAGCAGUUGCAGCCUCGGCGAUGGGACACAUGUUCCACAAUCAUGCCCUAGUUAAGCAAGGUCUGAAUUACUAUACACAGGGCCUCCAACAAUUACAAAAGGCAUUAUGGGAUCCUAGUCUCAUGCGAGAAGAUGGAACCCUGGCUGCGUGCAUGGCACUAAGUCUUUACGAGGCCCUUGAAUGUCCCAAUCUGGGGUCCGAAGGCUAUUUUAAUCACUGCCGUGGUCUCAUUGCUUUGAUCCAAUCCCGCGGUCAUGAAGUGCAUUCUUCAGGCGCGGGACAUCGAUUAUUUCUUGGUGUUCGAGUGCCAGGGAUCUUGUUAUCUUUAAAACACCAUACCUCGACUAUUUUCUUCGAGUCCACUUGGAUGGAACAGCCUUGGGCGGGAAUACGGAAGACGUCUCACGAUCGGGUGAUAGAUUGCCUCGCUCAAGCCCCUGUGAUUCUCGAACGUGUGCGAUCAUUGCCCCAUCAGAGUGUAAUUCAACAGAUCAAUCUACUUCAACAUUUAAUUGGUGAAUGUUGGCAAAUUGAUAAACAGUUGGAUAUUACCUAUGAUGAAAUGCAGCGGUCGGCUUCAGACGUGCUAUACUGGCAGGUGCCAUUUCAAACAGACCCUCUGAUUGAUUCUGGGUACUCUGAGAAUCUGUUCCCAGUCGUUUUCUGUUUCCAAAACGCCCAGGUCGCUGCUACACUGAUGCUCCUGUGGGCAACACGGACGAUGCUUUGGUCGGGUCUUUCCAAUAUGUACCAGUACCUGGAAAGCUGCGUGGCUCUUGAUCCUGCGUUAGAUCAAGGUUCCGUUUCGGAAGUGUUGAGUAAAUCUAGUGGUAUUGACCGCUGUGGAGAGUACCUAUCCGUGGCACAUCAAGUCUGUCAAUCCAUGGACUACUUUCUAAAAGAUGACAUGCUACUAGCCGGGCCGUUAUCUGUUAGCCCCGCGCUUGGGAUUGUGGUCGAUAGUUUACGGAACCGACCUGGUCAUGAUCGAGAAAUUGCGUGGAUACAAGCAGCUCUGGAAGUAGUUCGGCGAAAAGGACUUCGUGUUCUGCAAGAUGUGAGUCUAUAA